AUUUUCUGUGAUAUAUUUAGAAUGUUAAUGUGUUUGUAGCACCUAUCCAAAUUGCAUUCUUUUUCGCUGAUGAAUAAGAAUUCAAAUGAAUUACUUGUGAUCUAAUCAGACUUACCCGAUGAGAAAGAGAGGGAGAGCUAGUAACACUCAAUCUGGUUGGAAAUGUAAUCCAGUUGGACUCAGGUCAUCGAGUAGUGCGAACCUAAUCGGAAUAUGUUCAACUUUUUUCAUUCAGUUUUGUGGGAUACAGAUUUUUAACAGUGAAAGAAAAUCUGGAAGACAUUCAAUGUUUAACUAAUGAAACUAAAGAAACAGAAAGUAUGGAUAUCAAUAGAAAAAUCCAUUUUUUCAGUUUUGAGUAACAUUACGUUUAAGCCAGUGAUAUAGAAGUAUUUGUGCGUUGCAAUUUUUUGCGUUAGUGCUUGUAUGUAGUGUAGAGUUGCUGACACGAUUAUUAUAGCAACUUUAGUGCGGAGGCUGAAUAAUUAAAUAUCUUAAGCUGUGUAGGUGGUGCAAAAGCCUUCAUACUGAACGAUAUAACGAUAUAAAGAUGAAUGCAGGAUGGAGAUGCCGUUUAACGGCAAUAAUGAUUACAUUUGCUAUUCUUAGCAAAGGAAUUAAAUCCCAGUCUAAUUAUGCCUCACAUGCAAAUAGCAUCGAGUAUCAAGGAGAAGGAUUACCAGAAGAAGCAACACUGGAUGGAAAGGUUACAAAACUCGACGACCUCAGUCCGAUAAUAUUUUUAAAUCGAACAAAAGCUGCCUUAAAUUGCGCUGCCGGUUCUAUGCAAGUAGAGCUUAAAUUUAACGAGAAGUUUUACGGCACUGCCUACGCAAAUUUUGAUAGAACCAGUGCUUGCCAAAUUACUGGAAAAGGAGAUACAAGUUAUAGUAUUGAACUGCCACUAAAGGGAUGUGGAACCAAACAGGAUCCGCAACGAGUUUUUACCAACAAUAUUAUAGUGCGCUUUCACCCUGGGUUGGAGAUGGAUGGAGAUGAGAUUAUUACUAUAGUCUGCCGUUAUCCACCCCCACUUGCACCCAUUCCUGCUGGUUUACCAGCUCCAAUACUGACUGAUAUAGUGCCGGCAUCUAUUUUAGAACCACCGCUGAAGGGAAUUCAAAUUUUGUUUAUAAUAUGUGCCAUUAUGUUCCUAACCUUAUUGCUUAUUGGUUUGGGGAUUUCCUAUUAUUGCUUACGUCGACAACCAAUACCUAUUGUGAGAAGAGUAGUACACGUUGGAAGUGGGUCAGAAAUUACUGCAUUGGAAACUGGAAGCAUAGGAAGUAUAUCGGCGCUGAAGAUUCCACAAGCACAUGUCGCUUUACAACAAGCUCAAAGUGUCUCUGGGAGUGAAGGUCCUCUCAUUCCAUCUGAUUACCCUAGUGAAUCACAUUCAGAAAACGAGGAAGUUGACACAGGAUCAUUGCCCGUUAGUUCUCACGGCAGUUAUGAAAACAGUGCCUUCAUUCAAGAUGCUUCUAGUAUCUAUAGUGAGAACUACGGACAUACUCAAGAGAUACGGACAGUAGCGGCUUGUGAAUCUUCUCCAAAGUUCGACAUUCAUGUACGAGUAAAACGUACUCCACCGCCGUUACCGUCGCUAUUAACAUCUGACAGCGAUAGUAGCACGUCCAUCAACAGAAUUGAACGAAACAAUUUAUCAACUAUUUUGGAAUCCCACGAAGAUGCUCGCAGCGACAGCAUACUAACAUUAGAAUCAUUACAAGAAGCAGGACAAACUCAAUUUACCUACACUCCAGAAUUACACUCUGCCCCUAAACACAUCAAGUUGCCACCGGCUCUCUCUCAAAUUUCCAUAACUUCGCAGCAACAAAUACAACGUAAUGCUUGGCCAGAAAACUAUACGGAUGGACCACAAGCGUCUUCCAGUCGUAGUAUUGUUUCAUUAGGCACAGAAAUGACAGAUACGCAUUCCAUGACUGAGAUAGUUGAUUCUUCACACUUAUAUCCGAAUAACUACCACGAUGUUAUUGAUCUAAAGCACAAUGAGCACUUUUUCGAACCCAAGAUUAAUGCAAUCAAAAAGAAUGAAAUUUCAUCUCAUGUUGUAGAUGACGUAUUCAUGCAAACAGUUACCGAAAAAACUACUAUCGAAGAUGUUGAACGUCAUAAACGAAUGGUAACUGAGUAUAAAUCUAAACCGGUAUUAGACCCCAAUUGGGAUGUAACUAUUAGGAAUUAUAAAGAUAAUUCUCCAGAAUGGGAAGAUUUUUCAGAUAUUUCUAGCGCGUCCGGCAUGACUAUCCCACAAUCUGCGCCUGCUCAAAUGUCUGUACCGGUUUCUACGUACAUCUCUGAAAACGACAACUUACUUCAAAGUCCCGAGUUGGUGGGUAAUAUGAAACCAAUUGAUCUUCCACCGGAGGAUAAAUCGAUUUCCAACUGGGAUGUACUCAUACGUGUCUUACAAGAUGUUGAAAUUCCGGAAGUAUCUGUGGCCACUUCUUCGUUACAAAAUAACCGUGUUCCCGUUCCGUUAGCUAGACAAUUGAGUUACGAUGACAAAGCUAAAUGGAAAGAAAUAAUUACAACCGAAUCAACAUUAAGAACUAUGCUAACAGAAGCCGUUGUACGUGAAGACUUCGAAAAAAUUCGUGCGGAUGCUCGUUAUGAAAAAUUGUUUGAACCGCAAUCUUGGGAAAUUAUUUUACGUAUACUGACACCACCGGAUGAUGUUGAGCUAAGGCGCUCAAAGCGGAAAAAACGAGAAGCUUGGGAUACUCGUUCUAGACGAAGUUCAUUGCCGACCCUAUAUGAGUACGAUAGCGAUGGUGGAUCAUCUGUACGAACUAUAACACAAGAUCCUAUUGUUGUGACUACACAAAACAGAGAUAGUUACAGUAGCUCAAGACCUCGAUCACGAAAAACGUCACGGUCAUCGUACAGCUCAAACAAUGUUGACUAUCGCUCCAUGACUGAAGUAAUGGUCGAUUUUGCUAAGCCAAGCUACCCAGAUAGUUAUUCUGAUGGAAGCUCGUAUUCGGUACAUCAGUAUUAUGAGGACGAUCAAUACGAUCAUCGAUCGAUACAACAUUCUUCCAGUCAUCCAAGUCUUGCUAGAUCCGCCAGUGAAUUUAGUGAACGAUGGAUCGCUCCAGAAGAAAACGACUCAUCUACCCCGGACGUGAGCCCACAACUGAGCCGGCGCGAAAGAGAUAUGAUGGUUGAUACUCAAAUUGGAAAUAAUCAUCAGGCUGUGCGUGGAAGUCAAGCCCAGUAUAUUGAAACCAGGCAAACCCACUAUAGAACAUCUAACAGUGGAUGGUAACAAACAAGUGUGACAAAAAUCACAAAUAAUUACAAAGUUAUCUUUAUGUGCCAAUAGUGUCUAAUCCCAUAAUAAUUUUAACACCAUGCUUAAAGAAAAUAUUUGUUUUUGCUUGUCUAAUAACACAAAAAGCAUCCUUAUGAUCAAAAAGUGCACGAUGUUCUCUCUACUGCAAUUUGACUCUCUUGAAUAAAUUGUCGCGUAAUUGUUAAAAAAGACCUAAGUAAAAUUCUGCAUCACUCGUCUCUUCCGCCUAUCACGGCGAUUAAAAUGCGUUUAUGCAUCUGCUUCAUAAGAAUUGGUGCUGACAUCUUUAGCCAGACAAUUAUUGAGAAAACUUGCAUUGAAAUACAUGUACGUCACCGUUACCGUGACAGUUAGAAAAGAGUCCCUCAAUGUUACCUUGGUAGUUUUGAAGCAUAACGCGAUAAUUUCCAUUAGAUAAAUCAUAACUCACUACGGUCGUGAAAACUCAUUUUCUUUUCAUAAACGAAAUACAUUCAAAAUAAUUAUAUUUGAUUCACGAGUCUUCGUAGAAAAAAAAUUACAAAAGGUAAAAUUUAUUCAGCACGGUUAUCAAUUGGAAUAAAAUGUUUUUAGUUCACUUUAGACAACGGUAAUGAUGAAAUCAUAAAAUUGAUACUUGCUAGCUCACUGUGAUUUUGACAAUGUUGAACUUAUUCCCAACCAGUAUGUUUUCAUAUAGUGUAAGUUAGUGGACUUUUAUGAUCUUAGGAUGCUACGAAUUGUCUCAACUGUGAUAACAAAAUAUGAAAUAUCCUCUAUUACGGAAAUGCAUACAAUUUACCAUAUCUUAUAGAUGUUGUUCCAAGCAUCUUGUUUUAAAACAAAAAUCUUUUGUAUACCACAGUUGAAACACACAUAUAAAUAGUACCGAUUUAAACAGGUGAUGGGUUAAUAUUUCAACAGCGUUUUUAAUGCCAAUAUAAUCUAACAUUUUGAAGCUGGACGAACGACACGAAAAUAAAUCACCAAUAGCUAAUAUUGUUUACAAUAUAUCGCAAAAAUAAAUACUUUUUA